AUGCGAGCGUUUGUGGCUUCCAUGAAGCCGAUCUUUAGACCCACUUGCGAGCAUUUGUGGGUAGCAAGUUUACAUGGGUUGAUCUAUUGGGGUAGCCGCAGUGCUCAAGACGAGAACCUGCAACUUGUACCAAUGAAGUUGCCGGGUGCGAUGUUCAGCUUCCUGGCCACACUGAUGGUGUCUUCAGCGCUUCGCAUGGAGCUACGCACGGAGAGCAACCACACGGUGGAGCCACCCAUCAAGAUCUUCAAUCUUAAAGAGACCAUCGAUGCCUCUGCUUGGUCUGCAUCAUUUCAGAAGAGUUUCCGCAUUGUUGCGAAGGUCAAGUUCAACAACAUGAAUCAGAACUAUCCAACCCUGUUUGAAGGGAAAGGCGACAGCGGGAUGGCCUUUGUGUCCCACGGUCUGGGUGGAGCCUAUGGCUCUCAAAAGGGCCUUUCUUGCUUCUACUUGCAAACGACAACAAACUUGGGUCCGCACGGACGUGGCAUUGACUAUUCCGGCGGGUGGCUUCCAAGUAAAAUCCGCAUGGAUGAUGCCAAAUGGCACACGCUGGAGCUUAUCAAGGGCUUAAGCGGUACGGCAAUCAUUGUGGAUGGACAGAGGAUCGAAGGUACCAUCAAAGACUCUGCAAGUCAACGCUCAAAGUUCGUCAUGAAGCCCGUCUCAACCAUCGAGCUGGGAGGUCGUAGCUUUGACGGAGAGAUUGGUGAUGUGCAGAUUUUUACUGGUGGGAAGCAGGUGUAUGGCGAUUUAGACACUGGAGCGCACAAUCUCGCGAAGAGCCUCAUUCCUACUGGCUCCUCCGAGUCCAACAAAUGGGGGCCAUUUGAGCAAGCCACUGACGGUUUGUACAUGCAAGUCUGGCAUGCAGGAGAUGGCGACUACCCCAGCUCUUUGACUUUGAAUCUUGGGACCUCUUCCAAGAUCGAGAGCAUGAAACUCUCCACUCCGGGCCAUGUGAACUAUGGCUGGAAGACGAUGGAGAUCUUUCGAUCUGUUGAUGGCAUUGCCUGGGAGGAGGUACGCACAGAAACCUCCCUGCAGUGCAAGAAAGACCGAGUGACCGAGCAUGCUGGAUGGCCUGAGAAAACGAAGUUCGUGAAGAUCGUCAUGAAAGACAGGUGCGGUGGAGGACACUUUGCCAUUAAUGAUUGGGAAAUCUAUGGAACACCAAUUGGCAAGCCAGCUGCUUGCAAAGGCACAGCGAUUCCAGAAAAGGACAACGAUCGAUUCCCCUGUGACACCAUCAGGGAUGAAAAGAAGUGUCUUGAGAGCUACAUGAAGUAUCGAAGCGGUGAAUACUACCAAUGUGGAGUGCGAAAAGCCGGUGUGGGGAUCUUCAACUGCUUGGUUGUGGAUGAGUGCAUUGCCUAG